AUGCUUGUCCCCAUUUUCGAUCGUGUCCGUCCGACAUGGGCAGUGAGUGCCAUCUUCCUUGGUAUCUCCCACCUGUUGCAUCUUGUCAAUGCCCAAGUCAGCAACUCUACAGGCGGCCAGACAGUUGCAAACACAAUCCUUGUCUUUGCCCGCGAUCAAGCAUCAUCCUAUUCGGCAACUUCGGGUCUCAAUGGCUAUGGUAUUCCCUAUCAGCUUCAGCUGGUGCCACAAGCUGGCAUAACACUUCCGACACUCAACUCGUCUGCAACUCAAGGAAACUACGGUGGUAUCAUCAUCCUCGGUGAGGUAUCUUACGACUACGGCAACAACAACUGGGCCAGUGCUCUGACUGCCGCUCAAUUUCAAGCGCUUUACGCUUACCAGACGAGCUUUGGUGUGAGAAUGGUCCGUAUUGAUGUUUAUCCUGGGCCUAUGUUUGAUGUUGUGCCUACUAUUGCCGGUGCUGGGUGCUGUGGAUCUGGUGUUGAGCAACUUCUGAGUUUCACCAACACAAGUGCCUUUCCCACUGCCAAUCUCGUCCAAGGUGCCACCAUUAGCACUCAAGGCAUAUGGCACUACCCAGCAACCAUCACCAACCCAAACACAACUUGGGAGAUUGCAGGUCUUGCACCCAGCUCUGAUGGGACCUUCACCAACUCCAGCUCAGCAGCCGUGAUUCACCGGGACGGAACACGUCUAGAGAUGGUCUGGUUCUCAAGUUGGGCCACAAAUUGGGCUUUGACUUCGAACUAUCUCCAACACGCUUACAUUGCCUGGCUCACACGUGGUUUGACUGUGGGAUAUCGUCGCAUACACCUGAGCACCCAAGUCGACGAUGUGAUGUUGAACACGGCUCUUUACCAGCCUUCAAAUGCGUUAUUCAGACUGAGAGCAGCAGACCUCCAGGGACUCGCAAACUGGAUGCCUCAGCUCAAUUCAAGACUUCCUGCUGGUUCAAACUACUUCAUGGAGCUCGGCCACAAUGGAAAUGGAAACAUUGUUGCUGGUAUCACGUUCGAAAACUCAACAGUCUGUCAGCCUGAUCCUGCCAUUAUCUACACUGGGCCCAUGGACUCAACUCCACUCGAGUUUCAGAAGCCACUCGGUACUGGUGUUGAUAUAUGGCCUGCCACACCUACAACGUAUCGUUGGACCAAGGAUUGUUCUUUGAUCGACCCCUUGUACAAGUGGUUGUCUGACCCACAAAACCUAAAUGCCUUCGCACAUGUCUCUCAUACUUUCACUCAUGAAUCUCUGAACAAUGCGACUUUCAAUGAUACUUACAAAGAGAUCACCUUCAACCAGGCGUGGUUCAAUGUUACAGGAAUCAACCAAGCCGCGAGGUGGUCACCUAAUGGGCUCAUUCCUCCUGCUAUUACUGGAAUGCAUAAUGGCGAUGCAAUCAGAGCGUGGAUGACAAAUGGCAUAACAUCUGCGGUCGGUGAUAACACUCGAGCUGUACUGAUGAACCAAGUAAACGAGUUUUGGCCAUUGAUCAGUACAGUCGCCAGUAAUGGUUACGCUGGACUCGAAAUUAUUCCGCGUUGGGCAACAACAAUUUUCUUCAACUGCGACCUUCCUGAUUGCACUACAGCAGAAUGGGUUAAUACUUCUGGAGGUAAGGGUGGUUUUACCCAACUUCUCGCCGAUGCGCGCACCACCAACGUCCGCCAUCUGAUGGGUCUUCACCACGAUCCUUUCAUGUUCCAUCAAUCCAACCUCCGUAAUGCAGAUGUCAACACUACCACUAUCGGUUCUAUCACUGGACAGUUUUCGCUCAUUCAGAUCUGGGUCGAAGUCGUGACUCAAGAGAUGGCACGCUUGACUAACUGGCCCAUCAUUUCCCUCAAACACGAUGAUAUAGCUGUCGAUUUUACCAACCGCAUGACUCGCGACAACUGCAAUCCCAAUCUGACUUAUCAAUACGCUCCUGAUGGCAAGACUAUCCUGUCUGUCACUAUUACCGCUAAUGGGAACACUUGUGCCGCUCCCAUUCCUGUGACUCUUCCGGUCGGCGCUACAAGCAACUCUCCUGGUCUUGUCAGGGAGACAAUCGGAUCUGAGCCUUUGGUCAUCUGGGUGCCACUGACUGGAAAUCCUGUUACGUUGCAAUUGUCGUCGCCAGUGUCAGUCGCUUAG